AUGCUAAAAGAGGCUUUUCUCAGCUCUUCAAGCUUCCAAAAGUUUAUUCUCAAAUACAAAUAUUUUGAUGAAAACGUUGAUCUACAGCUUCUGUUUGGAGAACCGGAUUUGAUUGACAGGGACACUUGGUCUUUUCCAUAUCCAGAUUCUGACGAAUCUCUUCGAUUGGUGCACUAUGAUAAUCGGGUUUUUGAUUUUUCGAAGGUUAAAAAUUCUGAAAUUCUCAUUGAAAAUUUUCAUAACUAUUGUGAAGUUAAAUAA